AUGCCGCUCGAAUCUGGGCUCGACUCGCUCGCGCACCCCGGGUCGGCGUCGUACGACUCGCAGAUCUCGUUCUUGAAGCAUGGAGACCUCGCACAGCUCGUCGCCAUCAAGGUCGCCUCGUUUGAGGGCCACAUCCCCCAGAGACCGCUCACAGACCUCCUCGACCACCCCGAGCUCAAGCACCACGGCUUCCAGCAGCAGCUCCCGUCCGACCUCUUCGUCCGCGUCGAGUUGUGGGCAGACAACAAGCCGCUUAUCCCGCCUGUCCAGACGGCGCACAAAGCGUUCAAGUCUCGCACGCAGAUCGACUGGAACGAGCACAUCACCCUCCCAAUCAGAUACCGCGACCUGCCUCUCGGAUCGCAACUCGCCGUUACUGUCUACGACAUCGCAGGACCGGGCGAGUUGGCUGUUGUGGGAGGCUCGACGUUGCGUCUCUUCGGUAACAAGUGCACGCUGAAGAAGGGGAAGCAGAGGCUGUUCCUCUGGAAGGGAAAGGCGGCGGACGGAAGCGUCGAGACGGAGACGCCGAGCAAGGUCGGGCUCAAAGACGAGAUGGGACGGCUCGAGAAGCUCGUCAAGAAGCACGAGAGAGGGGACAUCCCUCGGCUGGACUGGCUGGACAAGCUUGCCUUCCGGCAGAUCGAAAAGAUUCACAAGGCCGAAUCGGAGAAGUCAGAGAACUUGUUCCUCUACAUCGACCUUCCACGUUUCGACUUUCCCGUCGUCUUCUGCGAACCCGAAUACCCGCUCCCGGUCCUCUCCUCUCUUGCCCUCUCCUCUGUCGCCGUCCCGCCAUCUACGAGCACCGCAACAGCCCAAGGCUCCUCCACCUCAGCCGGCACCUCCGCCCAACAAGCGGCCGAAGCCUCGCUCUUCACCAUCGUCGACCCUGAAAUCGUGCGCAAGAACCCUGUCGAGGCCAAGCACCGCCGACUUGUGCGAGAUCAUCGCAAUGGACCGCUCGACAGGGAGUUGAAGCCGAACGCGAAGAUUCGGGAUGAGCUGAAUGAGAUCCUACGGUAUCCGCCAACGCAAGAACUCGCGACCCCGCAGCGCGACCUGCUGUGGAAGUUCCGCUUCUACCUCACGCGCGACAAGCGCGCUCUCACCAAGUUCCUCAAGUCGGUCGUCUGGUCCGACCCGGGCGAGGCGAAGCAGGCGGUCGAGACCUUGCUGCCGAUGUGGAGCGAGAUCGAGAUGGAUGAUGCGCUCGAGUUGCUGGGACCUGCGGAGGGCUUCCGGGAUACCAGGGUUAGGGCUUAUGCGGUGCGGCAGCUGGAGCGGGCGGAUGACGAGGAGCUCAUGCUGUACCUGCUCCAACUGGUCCAAGCACUCAAAUUCGAGCCGGCUCCGUCGUCGACCUCGCCCACUUCGUCACACGUCUCGCCAAGUGCUUCGCUGCGACACUCACACGCGCACAUCCACCGCCACGCCUCGUCUCUCCGCCCGUCAGCGGCUGCGUCGCCGCACGACUCGCUUCCGACGCUCGAGGACUUCCUCGUCGAGCGCAGCGCGAGUAACCCGGUACUCGGCAACCACUUCUACUGGUACAUCCAGGUCGAGCGGGAGGACAAAACGCGAGGCAGCAUGUUUGAGGGCGUGGCGCGCAAGUUCGAGCGCAGAAUGCAGGAACUCCAGCAGGAAGGCGAGCCCGAUCGCCUGGAGACGCUGCGGCGGCAAAGCGAGUUUAUCGGCCGCAUCACCCAGCUCGCCUCCUCGCUCCGUCUGUCAAAGGACGCGCGGCCCAAGAAGAUUGAGAAGCUGCGGUCAGCCAUCCACUCCUCUUCGACCGGUCUCAGCUCUUUCUCCUCGCCCGUCCCGCUUCCUCUCGAUGCCCGCAUAUUCAUCACCGGCAUCGACGCCGAGAGCUCUUCCGUCUUCAAGUCGAACCUCUUUCCUCUGCGCCUCCAGCUCCUUACGACGACCGGCGAACCCUACCCCGUCAUCUUCAAGAACGGCGACGACCUGCGACAAGACCAGCUUGUCAUCCAGCUCUUCACGCUCAUGGACCGCCUCCUGCGCAAGGAGAACUUGGACCUCAAGCUCAUGCCGUACCGCGUCCUCGCGACUGGCGCGCUGGACGGCAUGGUCCAGUUCGUACCGUCGAGGACGCUCCAGGACAUCACGUUCGAGUACGGCGCACAGGGCUUGCUCGGAUACUUGAGGGAGAACCACGCGGAUCCGGGCAGCGUGGGCACGUACGGCGUCAAGCCAGAGGUGCUCGACACGUACAUCCGGAGCUGCGCUGGCUACUGUGUUGUCACGUACCUACUCGGCGUCGGCGAUCGCCAUCUCGACAACUUGCUGCUCUCGCCCGACGGGCACUUCUUCCACGUCGAUUUCGGCUACAUUCUCGGCCGCGACCCGAAGCCUUUCCCUCCCGCCGUCAAGGUCUGCAAGGAGAUGGUCGACGCGAUGGGCGGGAUGCACUCGCCGCACUAUGCGCGCUUCAAGAGCCUCUGCUACACGGGCUUCACGACGCUGCGGAAGAACGCCAACUUGCUCAUCAACUUGGUGGCGCUCAUGGUCGACGGCAACAUUCCCGACAUCAAGCUCGAGCCGGAUAAGGCCGUCAUGAAGGUCCAGGACAAGUUUCUGCUCAACUUGACGGAGGAAGAGGCAAUCAAGGAGUUCGAGGCGCUCCUGAACGACACGUCCUACUUCACCUCGGUCCUUGACCGCAUUCACAGCGUCGCGCAGUACUGGCGGUCCUGA